CUUUUAUUCGGCUAUCGGUUUCUCCACAAGUCCCCCAGCCAUGGCGUAUGCCACCAAUUUCGCUUCUCUUCAACGUCUUCUUUGCCGUCGCCGGCUGCCGAUCACUUCAUUUCCUACCCAAUUUUCAUGUGAUGUCUAUGGGUCCACUUUGGCUUCUUAUCCUAUUUUCCUUCUCUUCUUGUACCCGAGUUACUGUGAUAAACGGCGGCUGAGCACCAGCGCCGAGUGGAUGGCUCCUCCUGAAUUCGCCGGGAUGAACGCGUACGAUAUCCUCGGGGUGUCGCGUGCCAGCUCGUUUGCGGAAAUUAAAGCUGCGUUUCGUAAGUUGGCCAAGGAAACUCACCCUGACCUAGCUCACUCGCAAAACCAUUCCUCUCAUGCUUCCAGUAAAUUCAUUCAAAUCCUCGCUGCUUAUGAGAUUCUCUCAGACUCUACCAAGAGGGCUCAUUAUGAUCGGCAUAUUGUAUCUCAAAGAACCUUCACUGAGAGGCACUCUAAACGAGAUACGAUCAUCUUCAACUAUAACUCCCAUGGAUACCCGGUUAAGCAGAUGGAAGUUGUGGAAUGGUUGAAAUGGUACAGAUAUACAAUAAAUGAUAUUUUAUCUGAAAGAAGAGUGACAGCUGGAUCAGGAUAUUUUGACGUCUUGGAAAGAGAUUUUUAUUCGGCCUUGCAUGCAGCAUACUAUGGACCUGAGAUUGAGUCUGUGGAUCUCCUUCCCAACUGUUUUGAAGCUGAGGAGAGGUCUAUGCAUACCACAACCGAGGUGCUACACUUAGUUUCAGGCCGAGACCUUUUUGGGAUGGUAUGUCUGGCAAACAAGUAUCGUGAAUUAUCACAUGGUUACACUGGAAAGCUAACAUCUGCAACUUCGGGAUCAGUCCAAUUGGCUUAUAAUAGCAGGGCACAACCUGAGUCUGACGUAGCUGAAGGUAACGAUUUCCAGAAGCAAUCUAUCAGUACUGAUUAUCAAUCAUCCGAUGCAUAUAGUGAUCUAGAGUUACAUUUAUGUGGAAGAGUUGUCGCUGUGGCUACAAGAGUUCCCGCUAAAAGUCUUACUAUUACUGAGGAUGAGGCUGCUGCAGACCUAAUACAUGUUUAUCUUACUUCAUGUGAGGAGCCAGGGCAUCUGUGUCCUGAAGAUAGAUCUACAGAUUCACCAGUUGGAUCUAGAAUUCCUGUGGGAACUAUAAAAGGUCUGGGAACCACCUCUGAAGAAGGGACUUGCUAUGUCUACAACAACAGUGGCAUGAAGACCCAUAUGAUCAUGAAGCAUAGGACAAUGCUGGUGAAACACUUGCAUUGGUUUCGUGUCGGAAAGGAAGUUUCAGUUUGUGAAUGCAGAUGUAGUCGAGCCCGUUUGCCUCCAAGCAAAUUUUGGCUGUUCGAGCCUCGCAGUGCAAUGCAUGAUAUAGGAGGUUGGUAUGUUGAGACAUUUGGAAGAGAUAAUAAAGGAAAGACAGUUCCAGCCCAGAGAUACUGGGACGGUUUAGAUACGAAUCAACAUUUUGAGGAGAGACUUCAUCCAGCAAUGUACUUGCUUGCCCUGGCCUAUAGGACUCUGGAUAUUGAAGAUUUGAGAAGAGGAAAAAGGACGAUUAAGGAUAGAGUUGAAGCAAAAAUGUCAAGGGUGUUCAGUUGGUGCAAGAAAGUUUCCUAGUUAAGAACAAUUGAUUGAUUGGAUGAUAGUGAUCUCUGGUGUUAUAACCCUGGCAUAUCAGGCUUGGGGUCUCUUAAGCAUUAGGAGAAUCUGUCACCACAAAUCCUCAACUGGAAACUGGUGAUGAUGUCCAAUUGUGAGAAAGCCGUACAACUUCUUACUGCUGUUUCUAGAAUAUAUAGAUGGUGUUGUGAAUAGGUAUGUAAAGUUGAAAGUAUUGGUGUAUGGUAUUUGGUGUCCCAUGUAGCCAUAGCACUUGAGGAGACAGAUUCCAUUGUUAUCCUCUGGAGAUUAGAACAAUAGCUCCAGAGAUGGAAAGUAGACUAUUUUUUGUGUAAGCUCAUAAGAAAAUCCAUAAAAAGGGUGUAGCAUGAAUCAAUAAGGACAAAAGCACUUGGAGCAUCUUGGUAGUGGAUUUCCUGGGCAGAAACACCCACCUGGCCAGAUACGGUAUACCUGAAGCGGUGCUUUAUGUUAUUUUAAUGUAUGUUACAAUCUCUUCCCUGUAAAUACGUCAUCCUAUUUAGAAGUGUAAUUUCCUAGACAUUGUAAAA